GAAAGCAGUUGAAGGAUGGAAAGAAGCCAGAACCCUGCAAACCUAUCCUUAAGGUGGAAUAUAAAACAACUAGAGCUGGGGAGCCCUUCAUCAUUCUCUCAGGAGGCUUGUCAUAUGACACUGUAGGAAGAAGACCCUGUUUAACAGUUAUGCAUGGGAAAAGUACUGCUGUGCUAGAGAUGGAUUACUCUAUUGUUGAUUUUCUAACCCUCUGUGAAACACCAUAUCCUAAUGACUUUCAGGAACCAUAUGCUGUAGUUGUUCUUCUGGAAAAGGACUUAGUACUCAUUGACCUUGCACAAAAUGGGUACCCUAUAUUUGAGAAUCCCUAUCCUUUGACUAUACAUGAAUCUCCGGUUACCUGUUGUGAAUAUUUUGCUGAUUGUCCUGUGGACCUCAUACCUGCACUCUAUUCAGUUGGUGCUCGACAGAAACGUCAAGGUUACAGUAAGAAGGAAUGGCCUAUCAGUGGAGGCAACUGGGGUUUGAUCACUCAGAGCUACCCAGAAAUAAUUAUUACAGGGCAUGCUGAUGGGUCAAUCAAGUUUUGGGAUGCCUCAGCAAUAACGCUGCAAGUACUCUAUAAGCUAAAAACGGCCAAAGUAUUUGAAAAAUCACGGAAUAAAGAUGACAGGCCAAACACAGAUAUAGUAGAUGAAGAUCCAUAUGCUAUUCAGAUCAUCUCAUGGUGUCCAGAAAGUAGAAUGCUGUGCAUAGCUGGAGUUUCUGCACAUGUCAUUAUUUACAGGUUCAGCAAGCAGGAAGUCACAACAGAAGUCAUUCCGAUGCUGGAAGUACGUCUGCUGUAUGAAAUAAAUGAUGUUGAAUCUCCAGAUGGUGAACAGGUGCCACCUUUACCAACUCCAGGCACAGGUUCCAAUCCUCAAUCCAUUGUUCCCCAAUCUCAUCCAUCUACUAGUAGCAGUUCAUCUGAUGGACUUCGUGAUAAUGUCCCAUGUUUAAAAGUAAAAAAUUCCCCUCUCAAGCAGUCUCCAGGCUACCAAAUUGAGCUAGUUAUCCAGCUAGUGUGGGUGAGUGGAGAACCUCCUCAACAGAUAACCAGCUUAGCAGUCAACUCAGCGUAUGGCCUAGUAGUUUUUGGAAAUUGUAAUGGUAUUGCCAUGGUUGAUUACCUCCAGAAGACAGUGCUCUUGAAUCUAGGCACUAUCGAGCUGUAUGGCUCCAAUGAUCCUUAUCGCAGGGAGCCACGAUCUCCCCGAAAAACUCGGCAACCAUCUGGAGGUCUUUGUGAUAUUAAUGAAGGUACAAUGGUGCCAGAAGAUCGCUGCAAAUCACCCACUUCAGGUUCUGGUUCACCAAACAAUUCUGAUGAUGAUCAAAAAAUGAAUAAUUUUAUAGAAAAGGUGAAGACCAAAAGCAGAAAGUUUUCCAAGAUGGUAGCCAAUGACAUAGCAAAGAUGUCCAGGAAGCUAAGUUUGCCAACUGAGUUAAAGCCUGAUUUAGAUGUCAAGGACAACUCUUUCAGUCGAUCCCGGAGUUCUAGUGUAACUAGCAUUGAUAAAGAGUCACGCGAGGCAAUUUCAGCUCUUCAUUUUUGUGAGACUUUCACAAGAAAGGCUGAUACAUCACCUUCCCCAUGCCUGUGGGUUGGGACAACGCUGGGUACGGUGCUUGUCAUUGUACUAAACUUACCCCCAGGAGGAGAACAAAGACUUCUUCAGCCAGUAAUUGUUUCUCCUAGUGGAACCAUCCUGAGGCUAAAAGGGGCAAUCUUGAGAAUGGCUUUUCUGGAUACCACGGGAUCUUUGGUCCCACCAGCACAUGAACCCUGGAGAGAACACAAUGUUCCUGAAGAUAAAGAUGAAAAAGAUAAAUCAAAAAAGCGACGACCUGUCUCAGUGUCUCCCUCUUCCUCUCAGGAAAUCAGUGAAAACCAAUAUGCAGUGAUAUGUUCGGAAAAGCAAGCAAAAGUUAUCUCACUGCCGUCUCAGAACUGUAUUUAUAAGCAAAACAUAACAGAGACUUCUUUUGUUCUUCGUGGAGAUAUAGUGUCAUUGAGUAACAGUGUCUGCCUUGCCUGUUUCUGUGCCAAUGGACAUAUUAUGACUUUUAGUUUGCCAAGUUUAAGGCCAUUGUUGGAUGUGUAUUACCUGCCACUCACCAAUAUGCGGAUAGCCAGAACGUUCUGCUUUACCAAUAAUGGACAAGCACUCUAUCUUGUCUCACCAACUGAAAUACAGAGGCUCACCUACAGUCAAGAAACAUGUGAAAAUCUUCAGGAAAUGUUGGGUGAGCUCUUCACUCCUGUAGAAACACCAGAAGCACCGAACAGGGGCUUCUUUAAAGGCCUGUUUGGAGGUGGGGCACAGUCACUUGACAGAGAAGAACUCUUUGGAGAAUCAGCAUCUGGGAAGGCAUCAAGAAGUCUUGCCCAGCAUAUUCCAGGGCCUGGAGGUAUUGAAGGUGUCAAAGGAGCAGCAUCUGGUGUAGUUGGUGAACUAGCACGAGCCCGGUUGGCACUAGAUGAAAGAGGACAGAAACUAGGAGAACUGGAAGAAAAAACUGCAGCUAUGCUUUACAGUGCUGAUUCUUUCUCUAAACAUGCUCAUGAGAUGAUGUUGAAGUACAAAGACAAGAAGUGGUACCAAUUCUGAUGAUGCUCAUCAAUUACAUCUGUUUAAUUUUGUCCUGAUGAAAAAAAAUCUUGGUUUUUCAUUAAUUUUGGCAGGACCAUUGAAACUUAAAGGAGUAUUCACCAUGGGAUACUGUUGUUUCCUAGCACAAAUCACACACUGUUUUACCUCAGUCGUGGCUUUAACUGAGGAGCUUUAUAUUUAAGAAACACACACAGAAAACCAAACUUGAGUGUUUCUUAGCUGUUAGUUAGCUGAGAGUUGGAACAGAAAGUAACUGGAACAUGUG